AUGGCCUUGAUCAUAAUACUAGUUGCACCUGUGGUAACUGCUGAAAAUGAGACCAACAAUAAUCAAGCUAUGGCUGUGGAGGUGCCUGCUGUUAUUCCUCCACCAAGCAUCAGAGAGCCUUUGGCCGGUACCACACCGGCUCCCCAGGACCAACCUCACAUACCGAAGAAGGUGUACACCGAUUGUCGCCAUCGGAUCAACGACAAGAAGGAUGCCGAACGGCAUAGGUCCCCAAUCGGAGUAAACGCCCGCUUGAGGGACUCCCGGAUGAGGGUCCUGGGGGAUAAAUCACCCCUUCGGAGGGUUCAGGGUUUGGAUUCGGCGCUGGAAUCCGAUGAUGAGUACAUCCCCACCGGGGGCACCGAAUCAAGCUACCGUUCGGAAGCUCCCCCGGAGUACUCAAAGGCGAGACCACCAAGUCCGAGGAGAACUUCCGAAGACUUUGGUUCCGAGGGCGUCCCAAGCUGA